AUGGUGAUCAUGACAUUCCUCUGCUAUUGUUUUUCAGUGAGUUUGUGGGAGAUGAAUCCAGACAACCAGAACCAAAGCCAGCCACAGCCUGAGAACCCACCUGGACUAGCAGAGGUUUUAACCCCCACUCCAGCAGCACCUCCAGGCACAGAAGCCCCAGCCUCCGACCCUUCUGCCUCUGCUCCUGCUCCUCAACUGUCAGUCCCAGCGCGGCCUCAACGGCCUCAGAGGACCCCUAGAAUAGAGGGCUCUGUGGACGUCUGUGAUCCCAAACCUGACCCUCCAGAGGCCAACCAGGACCGAUCCACUCAUGAUGCUCCAGCUGGGGCCAGCCAUUCUAAGCCCCUGCGGCCUGGAGCAGCCAAGCCCCUUGGGGGGCAUGGGGGGGCCACUGAAACCACUCUGAAGGCUGGCCCUAAAGUCCCAGGCCACCCCCCAGGGGCCAGGAGCCCCAUCUCAAUGAGGGCAGCCUCAGUGCCCCAGCCACCGUCCUCCAGGUCUAUACCUCCCCAUCUCAACCCUCAUGCCCAGAGGGCCUUCUCCGUGGCGGGCACCGCGGACACACAGUCCCAGGUGGUGGAAGACUUCAGGUGAGCUCCAGGCUCUAUGUGUUUUCUAUCAGAUCCAGCUUUCACUACAGCAUAAUAGUUGUUUUGAACAUGAACCGAAAUCACUUUUUAAGAGCAUGCUUCAGACCUUCAAUGCUGUGGUGGUGACACAGUAAUUUGUCAAUAUAUAGCCCCAAGCACCAUAGUACAGUUUGCAGUGGCAUGUGACCAACUAAACUUUUAGUCAUUUCCCUUUAUCACAGUGGCAGGAAACUGAUUAACCACAAAUACCAGAGUACAUCCAGAGGAGAUUGAGGUCCUGGUUUAGUGACUACUACUUCUAAAGGUCUUUUCCUCUCUUGACUCAAGCUCAACUCAAGACAAUGUGUCUAUGCCACUGAAAUUCCCAAAUUGAGAAGCUGUAACAGUCAGCAGUUCGAGAUAUUCCCACCUCCCACUCUGUGUUAUUUUCUAUACUCACAGCACAGACCCAGUGUCCCCGAGGCUUUGUCAGAGCUCUCUGCUAACCUCUCUCAUUUAUUAUGCUAAUUAAGCUAAUGGAGAGAGUGGAUACUCAGAGAACCAAGCUUCUAUUAAUUGUAUACUGUAUGUGAUUGUGAGAUUCUGUGUUCCUUCUCUCUGAUAGGGUGCACCUAAUCACAUGGAAUGUGGGCGGUGCCAUGCCGCCAGAUGACAUCACUGCUCUGCUGGGGUUGCACAUUGGGGAUGGAAACACAGACAUGUAUAUAAUUGGGUGAGCUUUUCCCUGGUGGCAGUCAGCCAACCAUGUCCUCAUCGCCAAGUAUUCCAGAAGACCUCUCUUAUCCAUUAUAUCCAUCCUCCUUCCAUAGACAGUCCCCUGGGUUGAGUGGUUGGGUUUACUGUUAAACAACAUUGAUCCAUCUAUUUAGCUCUCUUUAUAUGUGUGUCCCCCUACAUAUGUUUUAUUCUCCGUCCAUUUCCUUGUUACAGUCCUUUCUCACUUACUCUCUCUCUCCUCCCCUCUCUUUUAUCUCUCUCUUUCUCCCUGUGGUCUCCUUAAAAUGACUGUGUGUUACUGCUGCACUCUCAGGCUACAGGAAGUCAACUCAAUGAUCAACAAAAGGCUGAAAGACGUUCUCUUCACAGACCAAUGGAGCGACGCCUGCAUGGAGAGACUCAGCCCCUUUGGAUACGUACUG